CCCAUGUCAAUUCAGUUUUCUUAUGCAGCAGUGCACAUCUGUAAGCCAUUUUUGCUUUUGUCUCUCUUUUACUCUACUAAGCAAUACAUUUAUUUUUUAUUCUUAAUUUUAAGUCAUGGACUUAAAAUAUUUUAUUAGUUUCAGGAGAAAAACAACAGGGCAAGCAAACUGUAAAUCUUGGCAACUGCCUGAAAGAAGUCUCCCUUUUGAGCAGUCACAUGGUGACAAGGUUGGGUAGAAAGAAUGAAAAAACCCAAAGCACCAGGAAGAGCAUGCCUGGGCUUCAGAAAUAAAGAAGAAAAAAAUCAUACUCUGGGGGCUGGAGAGAUGGCUCGGCGGUUAUGUACUGUUCUUUUAGAGGAGCCGAGUUCAAUUCCUAGCACCGACAUCUCAGUUUACAACUGCCUAGAACUCCAGCUCCAGAGGAACCUGAUGCUUCAAGUCUCCCAGACCUGCACUCUGGUGCACAUGCUGGCGUGCACGUGCACACACGCACAAUAGAAAUAAAAAGCUUGUUUAAAGGCAUGGUGCCACGGGGUUUUAAUCCCAGCCCUUGGAAGGCAGGUGGAUCUUUCUGUGUUUGAGGCUAGCUUGGCCUAAUGAGAAUACUAGACCAGGUUUGUUAAUUUCACUGCAAGUGGACGAGGUUAAUGUGCACCACUGGCAUGCUUAGUACCCAGAGAGGGGAAAGGGCAACUGGAAUUAGAAUGAUUAUGGGCCACCGUGUGGGUGAAGGGAAUCAAACCCAACUUCAGUGGUCUGUAAGUGCUCUUAACUUGUGAGCCCUCUCCAGUACUUUCAGCUUUAUUACUGUGUUUAUGGCUACAACUGUGAUUCUUGUCUUCCAUCCAGGGGUAAAGCUCAGGUGGUUAGUUAGACUUGGUAGAAGUUGUCCCCUUCCCUUCCAUUUUGAGAAUGAAUCACAGCACAGUUCGAAUGCCCUGAAACUUUAAGGUAGCCCAAACUGGACUCAAACUUGGAGUAACCAAUCUCGGUGAGUUUUGGAAAUAACAUCACUACACCGGGUUCCAGAACAUGUAUUUCAGGUAGUGGAGCUUUUGUGGGUUCUUGAGGCAUCACUGGGUAGCUGGUACUACAGUGUGCUAAAACAACACUCCCAUUUCCCUGGGGGAAGUCAUAACUGUAAAAACAACCCCAUGCACUAUCCCCCCUACCCCUCAAAAAUUAAGACCCAGAGAUCUAAAGGAAAUAAUAAAUCGAAGUGUCUGGCAAAGUAAACAGUCACCAUGAAUAUACACCAAAUAGCAACGGCUUGUUUUUCAUUCACUGAUAGCUCUCGGGGAUCCUAAAUUAUUUUGCUUUGUAUUCAGCAAAACUAGUUUCAAGUUGGGCGUGGUGGUGUAAUCUCAGCUGAGGUCGGAAAAUCAACUUGGUCUGUAUAACAAGCCCCAGUACUUACUAGCAAGACUGUCUCAGAUGGAAAAAAAAAUUUUUUUAAAUGACGAUCACCAAGUCACUUAAAUGAAUGGAAGUGUUCUCUGACCCCUAUGAGGGCGCCAAGGAACAUGAGAAAUUACUUAUAGUGUGGGCGAGAGAGGCCGAACAGACUACAGUGAGGCUCCCCAUCCUGUCCACUCCCGGUUUCUGAGGGUGGGCAGGCGACAGCGAAGACCGUACGCUGCGGGACGAUCACGAAGCAGCCCGAGUCCUCGAGCCGCAGCAACUUCCGCCCUCAACGCUCCUCACGCCCGCGCCCUUGCGCAAAGCAGGCUGGGAAUGCGGAGCCUAGGUGGCCCCGCCACCGCCCACUCCCGCGUCCGGGCCGGCGGUAUGGCGUCGGGAGUGGAUGACAUGUAGAGCCCGCCUCUCUGAGCCUGGCUCAGCUCCGCCUCUGGGCGGUUCGCUCUGCUGUAAAGCCCCGCCUCUGUCCUCCAACCGCACCCCAAAACCCUAGACACUCUGGAUCCACCUCCUACGGAAGCCGAAGCGCAGUCCGAAUCCGGAAGAAAAACAAUCCGGAGGGAGCAGUGCUGCUGAGACCGGAGACCAAGGGCUGCUCCGGCUCGCACUAGAUGCAGCACGGAGACAGGAACACACCGGGUUACCGCGAGGGAAUAAUGUCGGCUGUGAGUCUAAGGAGGCCGAGCGCACCGAAAGGCUUUGCACUCAGCGUACAUGUUGUGACGUGGAAUGUGGCCUCCGCAGCCCCCACUGUAGACCUCAGUGACCUACUUCAACUGAACAACCAAGACCUGAAUCUGGACAUAUAUAUCAUUGGUUUGCAGGAAAUGAAUUUUGGAAUCAUAAGCCUUCUUUCUGAUGCUGCUUUUGAAGACCCAUGGAGCAGUCUCUUCAUGGAUAUGCUUUCCCCACUGAACUUUGUCAAGAUCUCUCAAGUCCGUAUGCAGGGGCUUCUCUUACUGGUCUUUGCCAAGUACCAGCAUUUGCCCUACAUCCAGAUCAUCUCUACGAAAUCCACCCCCACUGGCCUCUACGGGUACUGGGGGAACAAAGGGGGAGUCAACGUCUGCCUGAAGCUUUAUGGCUACUACGUCAGCAUCAUCAAUUGCCACCUGCCUCCUCAUAUGUAUAACAAUGACCAGCGCCUGGAACACUUUGACCGAAUCUUGGAGAGUCUGACUUUUGAGGGAUAUGAUGUCCCCAACAUCCUGGACCAUGACCUCAUUCUGUGGUUUGGAGACAUGAACUUUCGAAUUGAGGACUUUGGGUUGCUCUUUGUGCAGGAGAGUAUAACGAGGAAGUACUACAAAGAGCUGUGGGAGAAAGAUCAGCUCUUCAUUGCCAAGAAAAAUGACCAGCUGCUCCGCGAGUUCCAGGAAGGCCCGCUGCUCUUCCCACCCACCUACAAGUUUGACCGUCACUCCAACAACUAUGACACCAGUGAGAAAAAACGCAAGCCUGCGUGGACUGACCGCAUCCUGUGGAGGUUGAAGCGGCAGCCGUCCCAGGCCAGCCCCUUGGCCUCCAGUGUACCAACCUCCUACUUCUUGCUGACACUGAAGAACUAUGUCAGCCACAUGGCAUACAGCAUCAGUGACCAUAAGCCUGUCACUGGCACCUUUGACUUGGAGCUGAACCCACUGAUGUCUGUCCCACUGAUCACUAUGAUGCCUGAACACCUGUGGACCAUGGAGAACGACAUGCUGAUCAGCUACACCUCCACCCCAGAGUUCCUCAGCAGCUCCUGGGACUGGAUCGGACUAUACAAGGUGAUACAGCAGGUGGGGAUGCGUCACAUUAAUGACUAUGUAGCCUAUGUCUGGGUCGGCGACAACCAAGUCUCCUAUGGUAACAACCCAAACCAGGUGUAUAUCAACAUCAGUGCUAUCCCUGACACUGAGGAUCAGUUUCUUCUCUGUUACUAUAGCAACAACCUGCACUCUGUAGUGGGGAUAAGUCAACCCUUCAAGAUCCCGAUUCGCUCCUUUUUGAGAGAGGACACACUGUAUGAGCCUGAGCCACAGAUCUGAGCCCAGAUGGAAGUGAAUGAAUCCAGGGCGGAGGCUAGAGCUGGAAGCCAGCUCUGCUUCAGCACUGCCAGCAGCGCUGGGUCUGGCCCAGCCCCUGAGGAGGCUCCUGACUAUCCUCCAGCUCCCCACCUCCCAGAGGAGCUCAGCUAGACUCCUCUGCUCUCUCCAGGCCAGAGGAACUGGCCCUUUAAUACAGGUUUUUGUUACAGAGAUGUGAUUGAAACAGAGUAGUGUGUCAAUAGUGAAGACUUGGAGACGGUCCACUGCAUAUAGACUUGCUUGCUUCCACUAGCUUGCAUGCCAUUUCUUUUUUCUCCCUUUCAUCCACACAUAAACACUCCCUCUCACAUUCAAGCAGUCGUGCCAGGCACAUGCCCUAUCUGGCACAGGCCUGCAUUCCUAUCACACCAUCCUGGGCCUCAGGCUGCCUGGGAGGGGGACGUUCACAUUUGUACAGGCCCUGUCAGUUGGGUGGCACGAACAGCACUGGGUUCCAAAUUCUUGGCAUCUCAUGGUUUGUCCCCACGGGGAUGAGCAGAGACUCUGAGAUCCCUGCUUUCAGCUGAAGCACUGUGACAGUAGUGUAAUGUCCAUCUCUACUCUGGAGAGUGGAUCUGACCAGGAAGUCCUAGGGCCUAAGGUUAGCUUCUGCAGGUGAGUGCAGCUGCAUGUCCCCACCUGCCCUUUCCUGAGAGUGGACAGGUGGAGGAGGAGCCAUAGCCACCAACCUCUAGGGUGGUCUUCAGAUCACGAUCAUGCUCAUCUUCACUGGCAAAGCACUGCUCCUCCCUCUGGGCCCUGCUGGACCUAGAAGUGGGAAGCAGCAGAGGAACUAGGUGCAAGACAUUUUGGAGGACCUAGCGGCAAGAAGAAGCCUCAGCACUCUCUGGGAGCCAUGUGGAUAUGGCCUGUCCCUGUUCCUGCCAACAGUGACUCAGUGCCUCUUCUCCCAGGAGAAGACACCUCAGGGAGUCUUGCCCUGUAAUGCUCACGUCCAUCCUGUAACCUAAGAGUCACUCCAGUUGCUCCAGGGUCUGUAUUCUAUCUUGGGAGCCACCGGGUGUUAAGAAUAAGCCCCCAGGCUUCUAGUGAGCUGUGGCUGUCUGUUCUCUGUGUGUUGUCAUAUUGGAGGUUAAUUAUAAAUAUGGCUUUUA